AUGGAUAUCAAGCCAGCGGAUGACAGCAGCGUGAAGGUUGCCAUGUUGACAUUAGAUCUCAUCGAGCCAGUUCUUCAUCGAGGUGAGGCGCUGAAGCAGUUUCACUCCAACCUCUCCCGGUUGACGGACCACUACAUUUGUAUUUUGCGGCAUGGUAUUUUCCCCGGCGUGCCACCCGAAGUGAUCUGGCUCAUUGCCUGUGGUUGUCAGAGGAAGCACUAUUUGCCCAGGGAGACCUUGGUGGAGGAAGACGACCUGGGUGAUGUCGCGGAUUGGCUGUUCGCCAUCAACAGCGGCAAGGCCGAUGUCGAAAAGUUGUCCUACAACGGGGAGGAGGCAGUACCACAGCUGAUUGGCACUCUCACGGAGGGAGCUGUGCUAGGAGACGUUUGCUUCUUGCACGGCGGGGUCCCUCGCGGCGCGACGGUGCGCGCCCAGACGGAGGUGGAUGCCAUUGCCAUCCCUCCCAGUGUGAUUUUGGAUGCUUUGGCGCUCUACCCUGGCAUCACUGGUAGCUUUAUGGGUCGUUUGCGGGAGAUUGUCAUGCAACUGCAAGGCUCCCUUCCGCGACCCGCCCAGGCACUCAAGGGCAUGCAGAUCUUCUCCUCUUGCGACCUUCCCUUCCUACGGGCGGUGGCCAGCGUUUCAGAGCGCAAGGUCUUCUUUGCCGGUGAUGCCUGCCGCGAGGAGGGCGUUCUCGAUGAGACCUUGCGCGUCAUCGAGUUCGGCCGCUGUCGCGUGGAGAGUCGGCAAGGUGACGGCAGCAUCAAGCGCCACGGCUAUUGCGACGUGGGCACCGUGCUUGGGGAACGACGGUUCUUCAACAUGCCUCCCAAAUGGCCAGACGCCAGCUUCCGGAUCGCCACUCCUUUAGCCUUAUUGCUCUUCAUCCCCAGGCAAUCCUUCAACGGGGUCCUGGAGAACUACCCCUCGGAGCAGCAGCGCUUCAGAUUGGUCAAGGAGUCCAACAAGACGGACGGUGGCAAUGCCAAGCGCGAGCAUGAUGCGGCCAGCCUCAGCAUUCUACAGGGCUGUGGCCCGGGAUUUCUGGCGGCCAUCGCAGGCUGCAUUCGCACGGUGACCUACAAGAUUGGACAGACGAUCACCGUGCAGGGCGCCGUCGACUCGGGUUCCAUGUACAUCAUCAAAGGUGGCUCAGCAGAAGUCUAUGUGAACCAUCGCUUCGUCAAAGAGGUCCAUAGUGGCGAGUCCUUUGGAGAGCUGACCAUCUUAGGCUUCGUGAAGCGUCGCUCUGCGGUGGUCCGCGCCAAGGAGAGUCCCUCAGGGAGUGGUGAUGCUGUGUCUUCUCCUGUUUCGGUCCUGGAGGCCACACACGACUUCUUGCAGGCAGAAGAUUGCGCAGCGAUCUCCGAGCAGGUGGUCGAGGAAGAAGACUUCGCUCAAAUUUCCACGGUUUCUUCGAAGAGACCGGUGGCUUUCCUUGGGGCGACGAAGAACAAGAUUGAUUCCUUGUUCGUGCAUGCUGACUACAUGGGACAGGGCAUUGGAAAGGCACUUUUGUGGCAGACCAUCGUGAGCUUAUUCGAUGAGUUUGGGGAAGUCUAUGUGGAUGUGAAUGAGCAGAAUGAGCAGGCUCAUCGCUUUUAUCUAAGCCAAGGCUUCAAACAGGAGAUUUGCAUCGUUUUGGAGAUGCCACGUGCCGCUUUCAUCGCGGCUCUGGAGGAUCAUCCGGAGGAACAAGAGCACUUCCAGAAGAUUGGGCGCCAACACGGCGUGGUGGUCGCCAGUACUCAGUGGCCACUUUUUGAGGGUGCUUCCCAGAAACUUCUCUCCCUCAUCAACCUCUAUGCCAGGAAGCAUAUCACCGCGAAAGGCCACUGGUCCACCUUCAACGGAGAACAGCUUCCGGAACACGCGGCGAUCCUGGUGCUGCGCGGCGAGAUCCGAAUGGUGACGCCCGACAAAGGAGAGUUGGUCUUCACCGAGGGCACCUGCUUCAACGAGCAGCUGCUCUUUGGCUUGCCACCGUUGGAUGGGCGCUUGCAUCCUCAGGGCAAUUGCGAGGUUCAGAUCAUGACGGCGGACAUCUUCGACCGGGUCGUCGCGGAGUGUCCUCAUGAAAGGGACUUCAUCAUGCAACGCAUCGUGAACGAGAUCGCGCGCAAGGCCGAGCAACACAUGGGCUUUGGACGAGGUGAUCCCGGCGGCGCCCUCGUGCUGAGCACCGUGAUCCAGGUGGCCGCGGACGACUUCGCGGACCAACUGCGGCGGCGCAUCGACGCGCGGAUCUACGAGCCGGGCGCGGUGAUCACGGAAGCUGGACAGGAGGGCAACUGCAUGUUCGUGCUGGUGGAUGGAGAAGCGGAGAACGAAGGUGAUGGCUUGUGCCAUGGCAAAGCACUGCCAUUGAAGGUGGGCAGCGUCUUUGGUGAAUCGGUCUUGCUGGGUGUGGCGCGUACCUAUCCGAACCGCACCAGAGCAUUGACGCGCUGUAUUGCUUUGGCCCUCACACAGGAAGUCUUUCACCAGGUCCUGGAAGAGUUCCCCUCGCACGUGGAGCUGUACAACCACAUGGCCAUGCAGGGCCAUCAGACGGAGGUUGGAGCCUCUGAAUUGAAUGUCCAGUUGGGGAAGAGCCGCGCCUUCUCCAACGUCAGCAAGGACUUCUUGAUGGUGGUCUGCGAGCGUGCAGAUGAGGUCUACUUCGGCCCCGGUGAUGACAUCUUUCGGCGGGGCGAGGCCUGCAAACUUGGAGAGGCCUUGAUGUAUAUCUUGCUGCAAGGAGCUGCCAUCGUUGAAGGAGAAUAUGGCGAUGAACUGGGCAGGCUGAACUCCGGUGAUGUCGUUGGCGAGGGCGGUGCCCUUGGCAUUGCCCCCAUCCGCGGCGCCACCGUCCGGGCCUGGCGGGACAGCCUGGUGCGCGCCGUGCGGCUCCACGGGAGCUCCGUGCAGAGGGCUGUGACGGCCUUCCCCGACGAGUACGAGUCGUUGCAACAGAUUUUCCAGAAGCGUGCUUCGGCCAACAAGGAGGUCGAGCGUGUACGGCAGAAGUGGCUGCAAGAGCAGGUGAUUCCCGCUCUGAACACUUGUCGGAUCUUCCAAGGCUUUCCCGAGCCGAUCAUACGGAAGAUCGCCGAGCACUUGCUGCAAGCAACCUACACUUGCGCCUUGGUUCGGGUGGACCAAAACCUUUGGGAGGAGGGUGACCGUGCAAUGAGCCGCUGUGCCGGUUCUUCCAAACGGGGUCCGUCCGAGCCGCGGUGGGUCGAGUCGAAGCGAGGGCGGCACGGCAGUUCGCGGUGGUCUUGGCCGUUUCUGUUGGGGUGGAUGAUGUGGAUGGGAAAGACUCCAGUGGUCUGA